ACUUUUGGAGGGGUGGGGGAUCCAUCUCCAUUCUCCAGGGUCGGCAGCCGACUUUACUUCUUUAUCUUUUCAAGUAUUUGGCAAGCUUAGAAUUUUGGUUCUUACUAACUUAAACCAUCCAAGUAAUUUCUCUUUUCACUUUUUUUUUUUCUAAAAAAUAACCACCCCACGUUACCCGGUGCAGCAUUGACGUUAAGUAGUAAAAAUGAAGUUUUAUAAUUGACCAUUGAAAAUUAAUUAGCCACGCGUCAUUAAUCCAAGCCAGUCAUUACACGUUUCCACGCCUAGAUCAGUAGUUUCAUUUUCUUAUUUUUUGGUUUUCCUUCGUCCGGGUUUACAAGCACCCGAGGGCUUGUUCAUGUUUUUGGAACUGGCGACUGAUUAAUCUGUUGAUAAAACUGUGAUAGAGCACUCAAACUCAACUAUUUGCGAGUUUUCAAAUUCUGGGUCAAAGGGCUAUGUAAAAGCUCAUUAAGCAGCAAGAUGAGCAACGACGUUUUUGAUGGGCAGAUACUAACUGAGAAGCUGUCAAAACUCAACAAUUCGCAACAAAGCAUUGAAUCGUUGUCUCAAUGGUGUAUUACUCACCGGAAGAAGGCAAAACAGAUUGUUGAAACAUGGGACAAAUUGUUUAACUCUUCCCAGAAAGAACAGCGAGUUUCUUUUCUGUAUUUGGCUAAUGACAUUUUGCAAAAUAGCAGGCGAAAGGGAAGUGAGUUUGUGAACGAAUUCUGGAAAGUUCUUCCUGGAGCUCUUAAACAUGUGUAUGACAAUGGUGAUGAGUAUGGAAAGAAAGCAGUGACCAGACUGGUUGGCAUAUGGGAAGAAAGAAAAGUUUUUGGUUCUCGAGGACAGAAUCUUAAAGAUGAAAUGCUCGGUAAGAAUCCUACACCUCCUCCUUCUCCUCCUCCAUCGUCGGUGCACAAUGGAAAAAGCUCAAAUCCUAUCAAGAUUGUGAAGAGGGAUGCUCAUGCAGUGAGAAUUAAAUUGGCUGUUGGAGGUCUUCCAGAAAAGAUACUAACUACAUACCAAUCUGUACUCGAGGAAAAUCCAAAUGAGGAUACUGCUUUAAACAAGUGUAAUGCCGCUGUUCAACAUUUAAGUAAAAUCGGGGAAGAUGUUGAAAGUAAUUUAGCUCAAGGGAAUCAUAAUGGAUCUGCCUUGCUGGAUGAGCUACAGCAAGAAGAAAAUGCACUUCAGCAAUGCAUUGAACAACUUGAAAAUAUUGAAACAACAAGAGCUGCCUUGGUUUUUCAACUUAAAGAAGCACUUCAGGAACAAGAACCAAAGCUCGAGCUUAUUCGUAGUCAGCUACAAUUUGCUCGUGGUCAGAUUGAGCAAGCAAGCAAUGUAAGGAAGAGGCUAGCUUUACCCCCCGUCCCUGGCCAUUUAACUGCUACAUCUAUCCCAACAGUGGAGGCCAUAGUAGUGGGUGAACAGAACCUUCCUUCAGCUCAGCUAACCGGCACUCCACCUCAACCUCAUCUUCCACAACCUGUAAUUUCCUUUGCACCUUCAAAAACAACUGAAGAAGAUAACAAGAAAGCAGCUGCUGCGGCUGUUGCUGCUAAACUUGCUGCUUCAACAUCUUCUGCUCAGAUGCUUACCUCGGUGCUUUCGUCCCUUGUUGCUGAAGAAGCUGCCUCUAUGAAUGGUAGCUUAAAGUCUAGUGGGUUCGCAUCAGGAUUAUCAAUGUUUCCUCCAGAAAAGCGCCCAAAAUUGGAGAAACCAGUGCCUGUAUCCGAUGCAAGCAACUCAGAUGUCACCAGCACAGCUUAUUUCAGCCCACUACAGCAGCAGACAAAAAACAACAUGCAACUUGCAGUGUCGGCUGCUAUGCAGCCUAUGUCCCAAGGCAACCAGAUUCAAGCUCCCUUUGCUUCUGCUCCUCCUCUCCCUCCCCCUCCACCUCUAUCUCCCGCAAAUCCAUCAGCAAGUCAAUAUGUGCAGUCAUCUGGUAUGAUGGUAGGGGUAAUGCCUUAUGGUUAUGCAGCGAACACACUGCCACCACCACCUCCUCUUCCCCCACAUAUAGCAGUGAGUUUAGCUAGGCCUACUUCUCAGCCUCAACAGCAGCCACAGUCUCAGUCUCAGCCUCUGCAGCAGCCACAGUCUCAGCCUCAGCCUCAGCCUCAGCAGCGGCCAACCACUGGAGGAUUUUACCGGCCACCAGGUAUUGGGUUUUAUGGGCAAAACCCUCAGUCGACACCACCUGUACCUCGGCAGUAAGCUUUGCUAGAAAAAUCUAUCAUACUACAGGUAAAGGGUCAUGAAAGGUGCAUCUGGUAUUCCCAUUUUUAGGGCAAACCCAUUGACCGAUACCACAGUACACCAAUGUUAUAUUUCCUUGAAAAUAAUGAAGGCUGAGAGUGGCCAUGUAAAAUGUAAAUUAGUAGAGAAUUUUUUGGCAGCAGUUUGUCUUUAGAUUUAAGUCAGAGCAUGACCAUGCCCUCAUCGUCCUACUUCCUAACCCAUUUGCUCUGUGCUGAGUUCCAUGGUUUAGCCGCCUGUUCUAAAAAAAUGUCCCGUGGUUCCCUUCAAACUCUUGUUUCAGUACUAAUACAUGAUAGCUCAGUGAUAACCUGUCUGUAGAUGUACCAAAGUAAAAAGGAACUGCCGUGGUCCGAGAUGGAUUUACAGAGGGGGCAGUGAAAUCCUUGAAAUACGUUUUCGCUACUUAUGUAACUAUUUACUAGGUCGGGGAAGUGUUAAACUCUAAUUUUAUUCCCUCUGAAACUCAAUUGCAUCUCAUCCUAUUAAUAAAUAUGAGUAGGGUUAAUAAAUAAAUGGUUUUGGAAAUAUAAUUAUUUUGAUU